ACACUCAACACAGAAGGAAAAUAUUAAUGAAAUAUCUGGCAAUGAUUCUAAGGAUGCAAAAGUGGAGAUUGCUGUUUCAAAAGCUGAAGAAAAGGAGAAGGAAAAGAUUAAUGAAAUAUUUAGCGAUGAUUCUAAGGAUGCAAAAGCAAAGGAAAUGGCUGUUUCAAAAUCUGAAGAGAAGAAGAGUGCUGAAAAAUCUGGCGACUCAGGUGAUGCCGCCAAGUUAUGUCUGAAUCAACAUGGGAAUCUGUUAGUUAAUACGGUUGCGUCAGCCAUAGUGAUUCUGGGACUUGAACAAGAAGCUCAUCUUCUAUAUGUUCAUAUUCCUGAUUUUUCUAAGGAGCAGGUUCGAGUUAUUUACUAUGACGCCACGCGUACUGUCAGAGUUCAAGGAGAAAGGCCACUCGAGACCAACAAAAGGAGUCGAUUCAAUCGGACCUUCAAUGUUCCACUAAAUUGCUCUGUGGAAAAAAUUCGUGCCAAGUUUCAGGAAGGAAUUCUGACCAUCAUUAUCCCAAAACAGAUCAUCAAGCCACCGCAGCCUGCCGCUGGUCGUAAACAAGAAGGAGCAAAGAUUACACCUGAAGAAAAAGAACCCUCUUCAGUUACGGCGCCUGAAACAACAAAAAUGGCCGGGAGAAAAUCAUCUGCUGCACCUUCUACUUCUUAUUAUGAGGAUUUCCUGCCAAAAGCAGAGAUGAAGGAAGAACAAGAAGCUCAUCUUCUAUAUGUUCAUCUUCCUGAUUUUUCCAAGGAGCAGCUUCGAGUUUUUUACUAUGACGCCACGCGUACUGUCAGAGUUCAAGGAGAAAGGCCACUUGAGACCAACAAAUGGAGUCGAUUCAAUCAGACCUUCGAUGUUCCACUAAAUUGCUCUGUGGAAAAAAUGCAUGGCAAGUUUCGGGAAGGAAUUCUAACCAUUAUUAUCCCAAAGCAGAUCAUCAAGCCACCGCAGCCUGCCGUUGGUCGUAAACUAGAAGGAACAAAGAUUACACCUAAAGCAGCAGCACCUCCUUCAAAACCAGCUGCCUUUGCUCAGCUUCUACAGGGAGAAACUACAGGAAAAGACCAGGAAACUUCGCCUGCUUUUCAAACCCCACAAAAACCCAAAAUAGAGCCGAAGGGUCAGGAGCAGGGAGAUACCUCCACGACAGCAGAAGCAGAUCAUUGAGAAGGAGGAUUCACAAACUAAGGAUAAGGUCAAUAAGGUUGAAGCUCCUUCAAAAGCUCCAUAUGAUUCCAAACACUAGAAACAAGAUGAAACCACUCCCCUGUUUGAAACUAAGAAGAAAACUGAAGAAUAGAGAAGGGCAGAGUCCAAAACAGAGGGCAUCAAGAAAUCAGAUUGUUAGAA